UUUCUUACUAAAUAAAAGGAAACCUACGGAAGAGCAAAACAUAAUUUUCAUGGCAUAAAGAGUGAGAGAGAGAGAGUCAUAGACAGGAGACGUUUGAGAUUGAUGAACAGCGAAUUCGAAACAAAUCACAUGGAAGAAGAGCUCUCUUUCGCUACCGUUACCUUCUCCACUUUUCUCCUUCAUUAGGGUUUUCUCUCUUAUUUAGCUGCGCAGCUCUCUCUCUUUCUUACGGAUUCACUUCUUAAAACUCGUUAAUUUCUUGUGGGUUUUUGUCUCUUUUGCGAUCUGAUUCCGAAAGUUGAGUGAGAGUGAGAGAAUCAUGGAGGAAGGAAGUAUGUUCAGAUCUCUAUUAGCGAUUCUUCAGUGGUGGGGUUUCAAUGUUACCGUCAUCAUCAUGAACAAAUGGAUCUUUCAGAAACUGGAUUUUAAGUUUCCACUAUCGGUUUCAUGUGUUCACUUCAUAUGUUCGUCGAUUGGAGCUUACAUCGUUAUCAAAGUUCUCAAGCUUAAACCAUUGAUUGUUGUCGAUCCUGAAGAUCGAUGGAGGAGGAUUUUUCCAAUGUCUUUCGUGUUUUGUAUCAACAUUGUCUUGGGAAAUGUCAGUCUUCGUUACAUUCCGGUUUCGUUUAUGCAGACGAUUAAGUCUUUCACUCCAGCUACUACAGUUGUGUUACAGUGGCUGGUAUGGAGGAAAUACUUUGACUGGCGUAUUUGGGCGUCUCUCGUGCCUAUUGUUGGUGGAAUUCUUCUGACAUCUGUGACUGAACUUAGUUUUAACAUGUUUGGAUUCUGUGCUGCCCUGUUUGGAUGUUUAGCUACUUCCACAAAGACCAUUCUAGCCGAAUCUCUUCUUCAUGGUUACAAAUUUGACAGCAUAAACACCGUUUACUAUAUGGCGCCUUUUGCCACCAUGAUUCUCGGGAUACCAGCGUUAUUACUGGAAGGCAGUGGAAUUUUGAGCUGGUUUGAAGCACACCCUGCUCCCUGGUCAGCCCUCAUCAUUAUACUCAGUUCUGGUGUUCUAGCCUUCUGUCUCAACUUCUCCAUCUUCUAUGUCAUUCACUCCACAACUGCAGUCACAUUCAACGUGGCUGGAAACCUUAAGGUUGCAGUGGCUGUAAUGGUCUCAUGGUUGAUAUUCCGUAACCCAAUAUCAUAUAUGAAUGCUGUUGGAUGCGGAAUUACGCUUGUGGGCUGCACGUUUUAUGGAUAUGUGAGGCAUAUGCUUUCACAGCAAACACCGGGAACUCCUAGGACUCCUCGUACCCCAAGAAGCAAGAUGGAAUUACUUCCACUUGUUAAUAAUGAUAAACUCGAAGGCAAAGUCUGAUCUUCUUCAUUCCGCAGCUCAGUUUAGUACUCACUGGUUCAGGGUGCUGCAGAAGAGAAGCAUUGACACAAGGGGUGUUGAAUUUUUACUAAAUAUGCAUUUUACUCAAAAACCUUAGUAGAGAAAAGUUACAUUUUUUUUUUUCGUUUUGAUUUGAGCUCGUAGAAGAGAUAAUGGUUCCUACUACUAUUUAUAUUUCUGUGAAGUGUAGAAUCUUUUAAUUUAUCAAAUACAUUUUCUGAAACCCGAAGGAGAGAACUACUACAUUUAUUGCUUCUUCUUUUUUG